GCGGCUGGGCGUCUGCCAGCCGCGGUGGGGCCCAGCAUGGGCCUGGAGCUCUACCUGGACCUGCUGUCCGCGUCCUGCCGCGCCGUCUACAUCUUCGCCAGGAAGAACAGCAUCCCGUUCGACUUCCAGUUUGUGGAUCUGCUGAAAGGUCACCACCACAGCAGGGAGUACAUCGAGAUCAACCCCCUGAGGAAGCUGCCCAGCCUCAGAGACGGGAAGUUCAUCUUGUCCGAAAGCGUGGCCAUCCUUUUCUACCUGUGCCGCAAGUACAGCGCCCCCUCGCACUGGUACCCGCCGGACCUGCACAUGCGCGCCCGUGUGGACGAGUUCAUGGCCUGGCAGCACACGGCCAUUCAGCUGCCCAUGAACAAGAUACUCUGGUUGAAGCUGCUGAUCCCGAUGAUCACGGGUGACGAGGUCCCAGCUGAGAAGACGGAGCAGAUGCUGGCGGAGGUGAAGAGCAACCUGAAGCUCUUCGAGGAAAAGUUUCUGCAAGACAAGAUGUUCAUCACUGGGGACAACAUCUCCCUGGCCGACCUGGUAGCCCUGGUGGAGAUGAUGCAGCCCAUGGCCGGCAACCAUAACGUCUUCCUCAGCAGCGCCAAGCUGGCCGAGUGGCGCAUGAGGGUGGAGCUGGCCAUUGGCUCCAGCCUCUUCUGCGAGGCCCACGACCGGCUGGUGAAGCUGGCGGAAUGGGACUGCUCCACGCUGGACCCGAUAGUCAAGGAGAGGAUCGGCAAUUUGCUGCAGAAGUUCAAGUAGAGGCGGCCCACCCUGCGGGCCUGGCCAGCUCAGCCCCCGAACCCCUUUCCUUAAGGGAGACGCUGAAAUUCACUGCUUCUUUGCCUAAUAAAGAACUGAAACAACCC